AUGGGAAUUCACAGUGAAAUUAUUACAGUGAGUCAAGUUUCAGUCAAGGUUGGAGGCUCCAUCUCUAUUCCAUGUCUCUAUGACCCAGAGUACACAUACGAUGUAAAAUACUUGUGUAAAGGACUUCACUGGAUAUUGUGCUGUAUAAAAGUUGACACAAACACACCAAACAGUAAUUCAGGAAGGUUUUCGAUCUCUGAUGACAAAAAUCAAGGAAUCUUCACUGUGACGAUUAAUAAUAUAACAGAUGAGGACACUCAUUACUGGUGUGCUGUGAAGAGGAAUAUGAUCUCUCAUGUCGUUAAGUAUUUUCAGCUGUCAGUCACCACAGGUAUGUCAAAUCUGUACGUGGACCAUCAGGAAAUGACAUCAUUUGAAGGAGGAAGUGUGACUGUUGUUUGUCACUAUAAUAACCUAAAAAAAGCCCCAGAGUGGUGCAGACUGGGCAGCACCUGUGUGACAGAUCAGUCCGGAUCAAUAGAUGAAACAGCAGUGACCAUCAAUUCUAGUGUCUUCAAUGUUUUUGCUGUGACUAUGAGUGAACUGAGGACAAAGAGCAGCGGCUGGUACUUGUGUGCCAAAGGAGACUUACAGAUGCCAGUGCAUAUAACUGUUAAUGAAUUACCCUCAACUACAAUGGAUCCCAGGGCACAUUCAACCACUCACCAGCAUUCCUCCUUGCCAUCGAGUGUUGAACCAUGUACUGCCCAGCCCACAAACUCCACCAUAACCGGGGCUGAUGGAGGGAGCUUGCAAGAUGAGCACAAGAGGUCCACCCAGAGCUCACAAACUGGAAGUGUUCCUGACGUGCUCUAUACCACCGUUGUUCAUAAUCAACAUGUAGCCCAGAAGCAGGAACAGACACCCAAAGAGAGUGUGACAUACAGCACCAUUGUUAUAAGGGAUGAUGCAAAUCAAAUGACUGAACCAGAAGAGCACAGCACAGUGGGCCCACACUAA